UACACAACACCAGCACAAGUCUAUACAAGCUGCACCGACCUCACAUCUCUGCAAAAUGCGUCUGAUCCAGAACAUGUGCACUAUAUCCGAGUGCCCAUCGGCUGCGGGCACCGACUGUGCGGGCACCAGCAAUGGCAGCAGCAGAGUCAUCAAGAUUGCUGUGGUUGGGGGCAGUGGAGUGGGCAAGACAGCUCUGGUGGUCAGAUUUCUCACCAAGCGGUUUAUUGGCGACUAUGAGAGGAAUGCAGGAAACCUGUACAGCAGACAAGUGCAGAUCGAUGGAAUGAAUCUCGCCAUCCAGGUGCAGGACACGCCAGGUGUUCAGAUACACGAGCAAAGCCUGGAGUGCAAUGAGCAGCUUAACAGAUCCAUCAGAUGGGCAGACGCUGUGGUCAUAGUCUUCUCGAUCACAGACUGUAAGAGCUAUGAACUUAUUAGCCACCUUCACCAGCAUGUGCGCCAGCUCCACCCAGACAACAGAGUUCCUAUUGUUAUUGUGGCCAACAAAGCGGACCUGCUGCACCUCAAGCAGGUGGAACCACAGCAUGGACUACAGCUGGCCAACAUGCUGGGCUGCACUUUCUACGAAGUCAGCGUCAGCGAGAACUAUAUUGAUGUUUAUAACGCCUUUCAGGUCCUUUGUAAAGAGAUCAGCAAGCACCAGGUCACAACCACGCCGGAGAAGAGGAAAAAUUCUCUCAUCCCACGGCCAAAAUCUCCAAACAUGCAGGACUUGAAAAGACGCUUUAAACAAGUCCUGUCUGCCAAAGUGAGAACUGCUACGUCUGUUUGAAGAGCGUCUGAGGCAGCUGUUGUUUUUGUUCUUCCAGAAA